CCGAGGUUUAUGUUAUUUAAUCUGAAUCAUCUAUUUAUUUUCCAGUUAAAAGAAGGACAAGGAACACAAUGACCAAACUGGAAUCUCCCGGUAUUAUACUUUUAAUUAGCGUGGUGUGUGUGUUAGUAAAUGUAGAUUGUUAUCCUGGGUUUAGAAAGAAGAUACCAAAUGGAAACUUUGUCCCUUGUAAUUGUUCAAACCAUGCUAGUAUGUACUGGGUAGCUGUUGGACAUUAUAGUAUUAAUGAAGGUACACUCAGGAAAAACCCGUUUGGAAUCGACUUCCGACAAAAUGGAACGAGAUGGACACAAAGUUUGUGCAAAGGGGAUUCAGAUCGUGAUGGUAAAUCAAAUGGAGAAGAACUAGGAGAUCCAAACUGCACAUGGAAAGAGGGACAAACACCCGAUUUUCCAGCAACAGGACACCCAGGUAUUUGUGAACCAAUAGGAAGUAAAUUCUGCAAAGACAGAGGACAGUUGUUUACAUGUGACUGUUUGGAAAAGGGGCAAUCCUGUCCGAUUAACUUGAAUGAAAAAAAUUGAAAUGAAAAUAUUUGCUAAACGAAGACUUUUGCUGUCAGUGACGGAUUUAAAGCUUUUCAUUUGCGUUUUUGUAUGGAGAAUAUAAUGUGUUCGAAUGCUGGAUCAUUGAAACACAAUUCAGAGACGUUGUGACAAAAGAGCACAGUUAUCACGCGCCCAGUUAAAAAUAAAUGUGCACAUUAAUUAAUUAACUAGCAGACGAGAACUAUUUAAUGCAAGUCGCCUAUCAACCGGCUGGCAAAGACUGAAGAUGUUCUAACUGUCGGGAUUAUCGACGUUUGGAAAUUAUCAUAAUAUAUAAAGACAUUUUCCACCAAUCGCAGCAAAUACAACAUUAUACCAAUUGACUGAUAGUAAUUAUUCUUCCUUUCUCACAAAACCUGCCAUAAAUUGAAAGAAUGCUAUUAUUAAAUAAGUGAAACUUUUUGUAUCUUUGAUUUCUCAAACCUAGCUGCAGACCUAUAUUACGAAAAUUAACCCAUCUACACUCUAGAUAAAAAAAAAUCCUUAAGUUUGUCAACUGGGGAAAGGAGACCCAUAAAGUGUGCAUGAAACGUGCAUUUAAAAUACUCAUAUAUAUAUAAUGACAUACAUGUAUUCGUAAC